CCCAUGAUCACAUACAAUCACUGUCAACUCAUAACACACCUCACAUAAUACACCUCCCAACUCAUAACCUCAUACUCGUAUUGCUUGUGAUACCUUACCCUCCCCUUGACCUGCCACCUAAUUACCUACCAACAUGGCCUCACAAUCACACCCUCCCAACGCUCACGUCUCCUCCCAUCCCCUCGUCCAAGCUAAGCUCUCCCAACUCCGCUCCGCAUCCACCUCCCCCAAAGAUGUCCAAACCCUCGUCCACGAGAUCGCCCUCAUGGUCGGUUUCGAAGCAUUGGGCUCAGCUUUAAAGACCACCGAGUCCGGCACCGACAAAUCCCCCCUCGGCUACACCUACACCUCAACAACUAUCUCUCCGUCCCCCUCCUCCAUCUCGCUCGUCCCCAUCCUCCGCAGCGGCCUCUCCAUGAUCCCCGCCGUGUCCUCCCUCCUCCCCGUCCCCGUCCCAAUCCACCACCUCGGCCUCUACCGCGAGAAAUCCACCCUCCAGCCCGUAGAGUACUACAACAACCUGCCCUACCACUCGUCGUCGGCUGGGUCUAGCAGCGGAGGGCCAGCGGACCUCGCUAUCGUGGUUGACCCAGUUAUCGCGACGGGUGCGACGGCGUGUGCGGCCAUCGACACGCUGAAGGAUUGGGGGGUGAAGAGGAUCGUAGUGCUCGCGGUGCUUGCAACGAGGGAGGGGCUGGAGAAGGCGUGUGGGGAGUGGGCGGAGGGGGUUGAGGUCUGGGUCGGGGGUUGCGAUGAGGCGGUUGAUGAGAGGGGGAUGAUUAAGCCUGGUUUGGGGGAUAUUGGGGAUAGGCUGUUUUUGACUAUUGGGAAGUAGGUUGUUUAUGUUUGAGUGGGAAUGGGAAUGGGGAGGUAGAAGCGUAGGGGGUUGGUGAAGGGGGUGGAGGGGAUAUGCUGGAUUGGAGCUGUGGAGUAGGUGGGUGGAUUUUAUGAAGUAACGCAAUGAAAUGACGAAUGCAUACUCAUGUCAAAGCACCUGGAAGCAUUACAGCAAUCACCUCCUCAUACGUAAAACCAGUUUCGAGUAUAUUGUUCACGGUCGUGUGUUUAUUUCUUUGUAUGUGUGAUAUAUAUAAUCCAGGGUAUCCAACCUCAGAUGUUGUCCCACCCAGUCCUGUUCCGUUCCCACGCCCAAAACCAUGAUAAACAGGGGUAUUUUGAUACACAUCCAAAAAGCAAGAGGACUUCCUC